AUGGGAAAAACAGGCAGAGACUGGAUGCAGAUCUAUGCGAUCUAUGGAGUAGAUGAUUGGCAGACGCCAUUGUUUCUCCUUAUUAAUGCUAUAGGCUUUUCGAUUCUUUCAGUCAUCUUCCUUCUUUACUUUGAACCCAUUUGCCAUCUUUUCCACCACUUUCUCCCUGGCCCAGGAUUGGCUCGCUUUGCCGCGGGGUUUAGUGGAUCAGUCACAGCUCUCUCCGCCGUCUGUCUCUUCUUCGCCGCCGCCAAUUUCUUUUACUCAGCCGUCUCCCUCCACUGGGAAAUGUCCCAGAGUAUAGUUUCCUCCAUCCCUGACUGGUCCUCCGUCAAGCACGCACUCGACCUCGGCUGCGGACGCGGCAUCCUCCUCAACGCCGUCGCUUUACAGCUCAAGAAAUCUGGUUCUUCCGGCCGGGUUGUUGGGCUCAAUCCGACCCAGAAUAGAAGGAAUCAAUUUCCCAACCCGACCACCACACUCCGAACCGCCACCCUCGAGGGCGUCCAGGAGUACGUCACGUGCCGGCCAGGUGACCCAAGAACUCUUCCCUUCAGUGACAACUACUUUGACGUGGUGGUGUCAGCCGCGUUCGUGCAUACAGUAGGAAAAGAGUUCGGACCCAAAUCCGCCGCUGCCGCAGCGGAGCGGAUGCGCGUGUUGGCUGAGGUGGCACGUGUGUUGAAACCCGGCGGUGUCGCAGUGAUUUGGGACAUAGUGUACGUGCCAGAGUAUGUGCAGAGACUACACGAAUGGAAGAUGGAGGAGAUUCGGGUGUCGGAGCGCGUGACGGCGUUUAUGGUCAGCAGCCACAUCGUAUCAUUUAGGAAGCCACGUCAGCAUUUUGUGGGGUCCAAUGAAGUCAGAUUGGAUUGGAGAUUCAACAUUCUCUGUUGA